AUGAAUCUGAAGCCUGAGUCAAGAAUUGACGAGUAUAGCGGCUUAUUCGAGGCUUGUAGGGGGCGAGAAGAAGAGGAAGGUAUACGGCAUCGGGUUCAGGCAGUCACAGUUUUUACUGCGCUCUCAGAGCUCGACGCUUCUAACAGCCAAGCGCAAGCUCACAGCCCGAAGCCACCACUACAGCACUAUACUGAAUUACGGGCUCAACUUGCUGAUCAAAAUGGGCAUUAUUUCACGUAUUCAAAUGGCACCAUAGAGUAUGACGGGUUACAAGAUUCUCUGAGCAACCUUAGCAACCUUAAAUUUGCAGCUAAAGAGCAGUUUAAAAAGCUCAAGAAAGAAAUUGAUAAGAUUAGAGGGCCUGAUUCUAUUGGGAAAAAGGGUUCAAGUUCUGAAUUGUUGGGAUUGAGUGGUAUGGACAAAUUGAUUGAUAUGGAUAGGGCACUUGAUGGUCUUAGAAAAACUCUGGAGCCUAUAUACUCACAAACAGAAGAUAUGGUUUUCUUGUCUAAGUCAUUGCUUCUUGACUGGCAGCAGGAGAGAGAAUUUCAAACAGAAAUUGAAGAAAUGGUGAUCAAGAAUUGUCUUCAGAGUCUCCAAGAAGAGUUUGAGCAGAGACUGUGGGAUCAAAAUGCUCAAUCUUAUGGUAUUGAAAGCACAAACCAGCUUGAAAAGAUCAAAGAGAUUUCAAAGUUACUUUGGGACUUAGAUAUCAUAUCCAAAUCGUUAUCUGCUCCUGAAAGUGGGCAUUUAAUUUCACACGGAUCCUUGGAGCACCGAAAGGUUUCCGGUAGUCAUGCCAAAGUGGGAAAUGGCAAACAUGACGAGUCAGUUAUUGUUGUUCCAGAAAAUUUGGAUCAUUCACAACUAAAGCACUGUCGAAGCUUGUCGAAGGAUGAAUUGUUUAAUCAUUUAAAGGCUGAGAUGACUAAAAUGAAGAGACAUUAUGAGUUAAAAGAGCAUGAAAUGACUGAAGAUUAUUUCAGUCUCAAGAGGGAGUACUUGAAGUUGAAGGAAAGGCCUUCUGCUUUGCCUGUGGUGAAGGAUAAGGAGUUUGAUACAUGGAGGAAAAAGAUCUCAGAGAUCAUUCUAAAAUUGGAUGGCAUCCUUAUGGAAAAUGAGAAACUGCCUUCAUUUAGUAACAACGGAGAUUGUCUUGACAAUUUGAAGGAUAGAUUGGAAUCUCUUUGCUCAGAAAAUCACCAACUAAAGGACUUGCUCAUGGAUAAGGAAAAGGAAAUAAAAUGCCUUUCCUCACAAGUUUCUGCUGCUGCGGAGAAAAUAGCUGAACAGUCUUUGGCUGAGGAAAACUUGUUAAGAAUGUGCAAUGAUCUUAAAUGUGCUAUGGAAGAUGCAGAGAUUGAAGCUUCAGUUAGUGAAGAUCUAUACAAAUUCCUUCUUAAGGAGGUCGUUGAUCAAAUGCAAGGCUUCAAUCAAGAGUUAGAUAUGGAGUAUGAAAUCAUAUGAAAUUCAGUGAUUUAUAAAAUUAUUUUCGAGGAAGCUGUUUACAAUGCCGAGCAUACUGGUACUUUAGAGAUUGAAGAUUCAGUUAUAGAGUCCAUUAUAGCACAAGGAAUAUGUGAAGUUAUUUUUAAAGAAUCCUUCAAGGAAGCGGAGGAGAAAGUUGGUGCCUUGAACAUGAAAUAUCUAAAUGAAAUUGAAGUUCGAUUGUCCCUUGAGAUGCAAGCAUUGGAAAAGGAAAAGUUCUUGAGAUUGAAUAUUGCAGAGAAAGAAAAGGCAGAGCAAGAGGUGCUCUUAUUAAGGGAAAUGGUUGAUAACAAGACUAAUUUGGUGCAAGAGGCAAUGGAGGCUUUGGCAAAAGACGAGGAGACAUUUGCGUUAGCUUCUCAAGAGCUUGACAAGUUAAGGGUUCAGAGAACUGAGCAGCAAAUACUAAUUGCAAAUUAUGAUAAAGAAUUACAAGCUGUCAAAGGUGAUUUGCUUAGGGCAAGGGAGAAAGUUGAAAUGGAUAAAGAGGUGAUCUUUGAGUUGAGAGAACAGGUUGAGACAGUAACAAAAAAGUUAGGAGAAGUUAAUGAGGAGAAAACUAUGCUUCUUUCUAUUUCCCAAAAGCACCAGAAUAGUUUAUCAUCAGUUGAAGCUAGAGAAAGAGAACAGAGGAAGCAAAUAAAGUCUACCAUUGUUCUUGUCCAAGGAUUGUCAGAAGCAGUUACUAAUUUUGAAUGCAGGGCAACAGAAUAUAUUAAAAUAAAUAGCUUGAGGUUGGAAGAAUUGUGCUCUCAAUUGAAUUCUCUCAUUCAGAAAGCUAACAAAGCCUAACGCAACUUAAGAGGGAUUAAAAGGGAGGAGUUUCUGUACAAGCAGAGGCUUGAAAGGAGGUGUUCUGACCUUCAAAAGGCUGAAGCUGAGGUUGAUCUUUUAGGUGAUAAGGUGGACACACUUCUAAGUCUUCUACUUCUAAGUCUUCUUGAAAAGAUAUACAUAGCACUGGACCAUUAUUCUCCAAUAUUGAAACACUAUCCUGGGAUUAUGGAAAUUCUAAAGCUGGUUAGAAGAGAAUUAAGUGGAGAAUCUGUUAAACCAGUUUGAUCUGUUUGUUUGACAAGAUAAAAGCUACAUAGUUUCUUUUGGUACUGUUGCAAAGUCUUCUAGUACUACAUUAUUAUUAUCUGGGACAUAGUUCCAAGUAACUUGAAGCCAAAAUAAAUGGUAUUGCAGCAAGUUCAUGCUAACUGCAUCUGGAGAAGAUAUUAUCUUUUGU